AUGGCAUCCCUCGAAGAAGGUACCAAGGUCGAUGACAAGGUCACUCUAUCUAGUUGCCAUGUAGAGCAAACAGAGCCCAAAAUCGAGAGACUUCAAUGUUCUGUGACUAGAGAAGAACAGGCACAGCUCAGGCAUUCUUUUGACCGACGCAUGUUGCCCAUCGUCUGCAUUCUAUACGUACUAUCAUAUCUCGACAGAGGAAACAUCGGCAAUGCCAAAACCGCUGGGGCGCAAGACGACCUUGGUCUGAGCAGUUCACAAUGGGCGUGGGCUUUGAACGCUUUCUAUAUUUGCUAUGUCCUCUUCGAAUGGACAGUUAUGUUUUGGAAGCUGCUGCCAGCUCAUAUCUAUGUCGCCGCACUCUGCUUCGGUUGGGGUGUUAUGGCAACAUGUGCAGGUGCUGUUCACAACUUGGCCGGACUAGUCGUGGUCCGAAGCAUUUUGGGCGUCUUCGAAGCCAGCUUUGGUGCCGGUGCCCCUUACUAUCUAUCACUUUUCUAUCAGAGGAGAGAACUGGCGAAGAGGGUCUCCAUUUUACUCGGGAUGUCACCUCUGGCAAAUUGCUUUGCCGGCGCUCUGGCAUAUGGAAUCACGCAAAUCAAACAUGGCAUUGAGCCGUGGAGAUGGCUCUUUAUCAUUGAGGGACUGCCGACUGUUCUUUUCUCCGUGGUUGUUUUCUUCUUCUUACCUGAUGGGCCAGGCCAAGCCAAAUUCCUUACCGAAGGUGAAAAAACCCUUGCUAUCGAGCGUCUACAGACCCAGGACCGCACAGCAAAAAACAAAGUCCAUUGGUCACAAUUCUUUGCCGGCCUGAGAGAUUACCGCAAUGUCGUUCAUACACUUAUCCACUUUAUGUGCAACUAUUCCUUCGCAGGGCUGUCCAACUUCUUGCCAACCAUUAUCAAAGAUAUGGGAUACUCCAGUGUUAAUGCUCAAGGUUUGACUGCCCCAGUAUACUUUGCAAGCUUCCUUCUCUGCGUUGCGGCCGCCAUCGUCAGCGACCGAUAUGGCAAGAGAGGCUUCAUUGUCGCCGGUGCGGCUACAGUCGGCUGCAUUGGUUAUCUUCUGCUAGCCGUCAUCGAAGACGAAACAAAGACUGGAGUCCGGUAUUUUGGUGUUUGGCUUGCUGUGUGUGGCGUCUUUCCGGCGUUGUGCAUAAAUAUUACCUGGCUGCUCAACAACAAUGGCGGUGACUCGAAACGUGGCGCUGGCUUGGCUAUCCUUGCUACAUUCGGGCAGUGUAGCUCGUUUUUGAGUAGCUCAGUGUUUCCAAAAUCGGAUGCUCCAUACUAUGUGAAGGGUUGCGCGAUCGGGUGCGGUUUCACGGGCGCUAUUGUUAUCCUCUCCCUCGGUCUUGUGAUUGCCUUACAUGCAGAAAACAAGAAUAAAGAUCGUAUUCAUGGCACAGUGGAUGAUUCGGUACAGUUUGAUAUCAGCGCUGAAGGUGACAAGCACCCACUAUUUAGGUAUCUGCUCUAA